CGUCGGUAGUCAACACUAUACUGGAAUGGACGAGGGCGGCCCGGUAAUGGACAUCUCAUGUCGUAACGUUCUCUUUUUUUUUCGCACUUGCGCCCGUUGUGGUAGGCACGGUGACGACCUUGGUGCGAGGUCACCGCGUCACUAUGAUGGGCUGGGCGAGUGCACGUCGCGAUGGGCGGCCGGCGAUAGCAUCCCGAAUAUUUCAUUGGUCGGUGUGUGUGUGCGCGCGCGCACGCGCUCCCGCAUGCAUGUGUGUGUGUGCAUGUGUGUGUGUACCGGAUGUCUCAUAAAAGACACAGGUGAGGGCGGGUUUGCCUACCCACUCUACCCGUCGGGCGCCCUAGCUCCUUGGGUAGGCAAACCCGCCCACACCUGUGUCUUUUAUGAAACACCCGGUAUAAUGGGCGGAGGGGUACAAUGUGUGCACGUGUCGAGAACAUUAAGUAUAAUUGUGCCGACGAGAACCACGCGGGGGGAAAUUAUGCAAAGAUUGCCGGAUGGCGUGGCCGUAGUAUGAGGUCCUGGGUGAGGUCGGUCCGGGUCGCGCCGGACAAAGCUCCGUGACCAGUCGAUAGGCUUUAUAAUACAUGACGCCAUGUUGCUGCUGCUGCUACUACUACUACUACUACUGAGUGUCUUAUGGCCAAGGUCGAGGCAUCUAGUUUAUUUGGGCGGCGGCGGCUCGGCGCACAACGCUUCUCCUGGAGGAGGAGCAGGAAGAGGAGCAGCAGGUAAACGCCGUGUGAGAGGGAGCGAGAGAGACGGCCGUGCUCGUUACGCGCUGAGAGACUCUCCAGCUGAGACUCGAGAGACGACGCGACGACGUCACGGCGUCGCGGCGUCGCACGGUUUCCAGGUUUUGUGUCUGUGCUUCCCCGGUCCUGCUCUUGAACUAUAAAUUUUCAACAAAAAAAAUCGCUCUUGCACAACGUUACACUAAUUUCGACAGUGAACCAACUUUUGUGUGCAGUGCCGCACCUGCGUCAAGGUGCGAUGUGCGGCAUUUGAGGCGUUAUCUCCAGACUGAUAAGAGUUGCGCAAAAACACUUCAGCAGCGGCCUCAUUCAUCUCUCUUCCACAAAGUCGAUGAUGGGGUGUCAACCAGGACAGCCCUUUCGGCCCUUUCGCUGAGCCGAAGGGGCUUAACUCGGUUGAUUGUAAUCAAUACCCUCCCAAGGUUGAUUCCUUCGGCCUGUCCGUCCGAGGAGCGCGUGGAGCUGCCAGUUUCGUUAUGUCCAGCCCCGCCCCCGAGCCCGCCCGCCCUCGGCCGCCCCGCCCCUCUGCGUGACUGGCGCCGUCACCACCACGACGCGACCGCCAGGUUGGCCCAGGCCGCGGGGUGCGUGGACGCGGGGGGCGGACGACGGCGGCGACUGGACUGGACGGCUGUGAUGAUGACAACCUUCACGAAUCCAGACGACAGACACAACAAUGGGACGAAAAUUAUGGUGGUCCGCUAAGUUGGGAUGACCGCCACUAAAUGCCCGCCGCUCUGCUUCCUUCAGCAGCGGGCGAAAUCGGGGGAUUGAUAAUAGAGACGAACGUUCGUAAACGGCAAAGAACGGCGAGGGGCAGGCAGGACACGCACUGAGACCCAAUUUCACCAACUUCUGGCUAACGUGACGUUACCCGACCGACGGUUAGCUUAACCGAGAGUAGCUGACGGCCCGUUGAGCCAAAUGUCUUUCACCAGGCCGUGACCGCCGUUAGCUGGCCCUCGGUUACAAAACGGUACAGCGUUGCCAUUUUCUGUAGAAUCCAGUAGGCACUGCAUGCUCCCCGUAGGAACGCACGAUGCCGUGAUCGCAACUUCGCGCGCUUUUCGUUCAUUGUUUUGUAGUUGUUGAGGUAGGCGAGGAUUCUGUAAUUAAAUAAUUAAACAUGGAAGAUGAUAAGAAGAAACGUGCACCAAACUUUUUACCGUCAGAAAAGGUGAUCCUGGCCGACUUGUUGAAGGUUUAUGGAAGCGCCAUUGAGUGUAAAGUUAGCAAUGCUCAAACUCGCAAAGAGAAGGAGGCGGCUUGGGCCUCCCUUUGCGAAGAUUUCAAUCUUAAAUCCAACUUCUUUUACCGUGACGUGUCCCAACUCAAGUAUCUAUGGGACAACAUGAAAAAGGCCGCUCGGAAAGCAGUAGCUAAUGACCGCAAAGAGAGGAAUGCAACAGGAGGUGGAGUACCCAACCCGUCCACUGCGCCCACGCAUCUGGAUGAGGCCGUUGUUGCCGUAAUCGGGGUCAGUGCGACCGGCCUCGAAAGCGAUGUGGAUGGGGAUGUCUCCAAUGGCUUGAUGAUGCUCGCACCGGAUAUGCAAUAUGAAAUCAUUGCUGCUGAGGCUGUUGCGGAUGAUGUCAACGUCAACAUCGAUGCAGACCUCAGCAAUCAGCAGCAGCAACAGCAGGUACAGCAGGUGCCUGAUAAUAUUGCCAAUUGGCAUGAUUUUAAAGCACCGAUGCUUUUCAUGCCUAAGCCACCUGCUUUGAAGGUUGGAGGUUCUCCCUCGACCUCAUCGGAUCAACCGUCCUCCAGCUCCCAGACCUCUAGUUGUGCUGGGCCAUCCCAAAAGCGCAGCAUCGCAGAGGAAACUGAGUACGUCAAGCAGAUGAAGAGGAGGCGGCCCAAGCUAGAGGCUGACAAGCAGCAUGAGCUGGUCAAAGCCAGGCUUGAGCUCACCAGUGCCACUAAAGAGAGCCUUGAUGAAUCAAAGAAGAGGCAGGACGAGCUGCAUCUAUUGCAGAAAAAUAAAGUGGAGAUGGAAACAAAUGCGCAGAAGGAAAUAUUUGAAUUGGAA